GAACUAACCCGUAAGGGCUCCGGGAACCAGUACUGAGAAGAGAGAGAGAGAGAGAGAGAUAUGAGCUAUCUUGAUUAUAUCGUAUAUUCAGAAACACACGAGCAAAGUUCAAACGUCCGUUCGUUAUCUGAUCGCCCUUAUGUGGUCGUCGCGCGCGUUGCGUGUCGCCACGAUCAAGCUCCAUUCGAAAUUUCGGAUUAGUCAUCGGACCGAGCUAACUGCCUGCUGGAUCUUCAGUUUAGCCGAAGCUGAACCACGAUCAGGCGAGCGAGCUGUCCUGAAGGCCGUCAUAGCAGCAACGCGCACUUCGAGGGACGAGUAAACGCAUUCAAGCAACAUGAACACCUUGAAGGAAAGCUGGUUCAGCGAACUCAAUGAUUUCUGGCCCGGUGUCGCACUAUCGCUAAAAGUAGAGGAGAUCCUCCAUGAGGAACAAACACAGUUCCAAAAGAUCUUAGUCGUCAAAACAAAAUCACACGGACGCGCUCUUAUGCUCGACGAUAUUAUCCAAUGUACGGAGAAAGACGAAUUUUCCUAUCAUGAGAUGCUAUCGUUCUUGCCCCUCUGCUCUCACCCCAAACCUGCGAAGGUCCUGGUAAUUGGCGGUGGCGACGGUGGAAUUGUUCGAGAAGUUUUAAAACAUCCGGAUGUAGAACACGUUACGCUGGUGGAAAUUGACGGUCGAGUUAUUGAAAUAUCCAAACAAUAUCUGCUUCACUUAAGCUCCAGUUUACAAAAUCCUAAGGUAAACGUUAUCGUUGGUGAUGGUUUCGAAUUUUUGAGGCGGCAUACCGGAGAAUUUGAUGUUAUUAUUACUGACAGUUCCGAUCCUGUGGGUCCUGCUGUAUGUCUCUUCGAAAAAUCGUAUUACGAAUUACUGGCGGCUGCGUUGAAACCUGACGGAAUUGUCGCUAGUCAGGCCACCACGGUGUGGGAGAGCUUGCCGCAAGUGAAGAGAACAUAUGAACACUGCAAAGUUGCGUUCCCCGUCACGGCAUAUGCGAUCACGGCGGUACCAACGUAUCCCUCGGGUCAAAUCGGCUUCAUCAUGGGAGCAUUGAAUAGCCGAGCAAAUCUCUCGCAACCAUUGCGGGUGUUCAGCGAGGAAGAACUUGAUCGCAUGGAGUUGAAGUAUUACAACGAUAAGAUACACCAAGCGGCUUUCGUCUUACCGAGAUUCGUGGAAAAAACAUUGGCACCAAGAAUUAGCAAAGACAAAUAACUAUAAUAAGUAUUGCUAAAUGUAACUGAGCGCUUAGAAUAUAUAUAUAUAUAUAUAUAUAUAUAUAUGACAUGUAAUUUUUGUCUCAAACAUGUAUCGAUACUAGUAUCAACUGUAUAGGUCUAUAAUGAAUUUUAUAAGUGCGUGAUUGUUUUCGUAAAUAAUGCGUACAGGUUUGUAAUCUCUCAUGUCAAAACUGAAGAUAACCAGCGUGUGUCUCGAAUUAAAAUCUUCCACGGAAGAGAAUUGUGCAAAGAACAAACGGCAAAACGCGUUGCUGCCUUAUUUUUUAAACAUUGCGUUAAGUAUCUAGUGUAGAGUAUCUAGUUCCGAAACAAGAAGAGCGUAUACAUAUACAUUUUAACACACACACACACACAUACAUACAUACAUACAUCACCAAAAUGUUAGAAACUCUUUAUUAUCUGGUUACGUGCCGAUACGAGUAUAAACAUUUGGAUUGACAAUAUAGUGAUGGUGAUAAAAAUCGAUUAAUAAUACAAAUAAUAAUAACAAUAUAUUUUUAGUAAUCAAGAUUAAUAGUAAUAAGUAAGAAAAGCGACGCAACUGCGAGACAUUAACGUUCGCAGCUCGUAACAUUCCGCGAAAAUUAGAUCUGCAUGGCGCUUAAGACACAAAAUAUAGAGAAUUAUUUAGAGAACAACUGGUAAAAAUAUUCUGUAUGUAUAAUAAUAUAAAUUGUUAAAACAAUGCGAAACGUUAUUGUAUCUGUGUAAAUACCGCUAUUUUGUAUACGUAAACUUCUUGUAUAAUAUAUAAUAUAUGUAUAUAUAA